UUUAAUUUUGCAUCGACUUUGGGCGUUGAAGCAUUUCCGCUUCCGUUCGCAUUUCUUACAUGAAUACAUCGAUAUUCAUAACAAACCCCAAGUUAAUAAUGUCCUCUUUCACAUCCGAAUCAGACAGAAACGUAUAAAAAAGACACGAUGCGAUCCUACAGCCGAGAUCUGAGCGGCGGACUCGAGAAUGUUCCUAUUUUGAUUGAGAACAGCGUUCCCAAAGAGGCUUUUCCCAACUUUCAGUAUGUGCCAGAUAAUGUACAAGGACCAGGCUGUGACCUUGAUCCUAGUGCGGUGACCCUCCCGGGCUGCUCGUGUCGUGCCCGGUCCUGCCUGCCCGACAGCUGCCCCUGCCUGAGGUUCGGCCAAAUGUAUGACAGCGUGGGACGUCUGAACCAACAGCGAGAGGUCGGCGGCUACAGCAGGCCUGUAUUCGAGUGCAAUGCCUUAUGCGUAUGCAGCGAGUCCUGCCAGAACCGUGUCGUUCAAAAGGGGGUGGAGGUUCGUCUGGGUGUUUUCAGCACCAAGGACAGGGGUUUGGGGGUGGAGGCUCUGGAGCGCCUCUCUUGUGGCCGAUUCGUAUGCGAGUACGCCGGGGAAGUAAUCGGGUCUCCCGAGGCCCGUCGCCGCCAGCUCUCCCAGACUCCCCUAGAUAUGAACUACAUCAUUGCUGUGCAGGAACACAGUGGAGGGGACAGGGUCACCCAGACGUUCGUGGACCCCGUGACCGUAGGCAAUGUGGGGAGGUUCAUCAACCACUCCUGCCAGCCCAACCUGCUCAUGGUGCCCGUCCGGGUGCACUCACUGCUGCCCAGACUCGCUCUGUUUGCAAAUCGUGAUAUAGAAAUGUACGAAGAACUGACUUUUGACUAUGCAGGUGGACAAAAUGGGAACACAAACGCACUGAAAUGGGAUGAAGCACCAACUGGGAUACACGCAGGGCCUGAUGUUGAUAAAAUACCACUGAGAAAAGUCUGUCACUGUGGGGCUUCAAACUGCCCAGGAUUUUUACCAUUAGAUAUGUCAGUUCUACAUUGAAUAAAGUAUUUAAUGUAUCCUAAUGAGUUGGGAUUAGAAAUGUUUUGUAGAACUGUUCAUUUAAUGUUCAAAAGUUUAUUUAUAUUCAAAUAUCAUGACUGAUUUAACAGAUUUUAACGUCUGACCCUCCAGGAGAAAUACUUAUUUAUUAUUAUUUAUUUUUUGGGGGGAAAAAGUUUUCAGUUUUGAUUAAUACAUGCAAUAUAUUAUGUUAUAUUAUAUAUUUUAUACGUUUUUAUUACAACAUGCUUGGGUGUAAAUUUAGCAAUAAACCUUUAUGACAAAUUCUUUGACAAUUUUUAUUAAGGUUUAAUUUGUUUACAUUAGCUUAAAGCACAAUGUAUAAAUGGGGGGGAAAAAAAGAAAAAAUAUUUUUUAUAGAAUUUAUGAAUCUAGGUUCAUGGUAAAUAUAUAUUUUAACAUUUCAAGUAUGAAUUAACAUUUAUUUAUUAACAUACAUGAAUAUGUUUAUGAACGUUAACCUAGAUUCAUAAAUGCUGUAAAAAUUAGUGUCAGUGUUUUUAAUGUUAUCUAAAAAUAAAACAAAAAAAAAACACAAAUUAAAAUCAAACUGAAAUUUAAUAAAAUACAAAUAGUAGAUGGAAAAAAAUUAAACUUAAAUUUGAAAUGAAAAAUGGCAACUUACCAAAAUACAUCAAAUUAAGUUCUAAAUUAAAGCUAAAAUAAAUGAAAGCUAGAUAGAUGGAUUUAAAAACAAACAAAAGUGAAUAACAAUCCAAACAAAACUACUUAAAACAAUUUAAAAUGAAACCUAAAAAACUGAAUAAAGGCUAAUUAUAUAAAAUAUUAAUAAAUAACGUUUAAUACUGAAAUAACACUGUUCAUUGAUAAUAUACAUAUGUUUUCCUUCAUGUGAAGGUAUUUAUUUUUUUACUGUUUCUCAGGUUUAUCUUGUCGAUUAAUUGAUUGAUGAAAGAAAGCAAAACCAUAAACAAGCAUGUAUGUAAACUCUACGUUGUUUAUUGUUAUCUGUAUACUUAUUUUUCCAAAUGGUCAAACCUGGUUCACAUAGUAAUAUUUGAGAAUCCAGUGUAGGGUUGAUAAUAAGAUGAUAAACCUUAUUUAUUAUCAGACUGAAUUCUGUGCUUCGCACUCCAACACUAGAGUCAAACUGCUACAGUGUUAACAUAUUGCAGGUUAUUAUGAAGUGUUAAACAAACUUGAGCAGUUCUUUCAAAACAUACAACAGCAGCAUCUUGUCGUUUGAGUGUAAAUGUCUCCUUUAAGAGCAGUCUGGGUUUCUCACCAUAUCCUAGUGGGUAAUGAGCAAUUAAAAAGGGCCCAUGGGUGUUUUAAUAUAGUAACGGCUCUUAGUCUCCUGUCACACACGGGUGGGAGUGACCCAUUUCACUCUGACGCCACCCUGAAACCUGCCCCCUCUCCUCUUCAUCUGCCCCAUUUCCACUCCAGCCCCGCUUUCAUCUCCAUCGCAAUAUUAAUAUCCACAUCUGGGUUAAUUAGCACAGAGACCAGAAACCAGAGCAAAGCACAAGGCAUGCUGGGUAGGAGCAGAUAUUCUUCCUUUAUCAGUGACAUUUUACACAUCAAGUUUGGUUACAUCCAUUGGACUGAACUUCCUGUUUCUUAUGGAAAUCUCGGUCAACAGACAUUUUUUCCCCCCAUGAAUAUGUUGUUACUUAUCAUGCUAAAUAAUUGUCUUAAUAUAAUAAAUUACAAUAAUCUAUAAUAAUUUAUUAUAGCACAUGUUUAGGAUGUUAUAUGCUGAGACAGGGACCUAAAUAACCCUUUUUUGGUAAUAAUUUGUAUAAUAAAAUACCUAUUCUUAUUGACAAUGCCAAAAUCUAUCUUAUCAUCUAUCUAUCUAUCUAUCUAUCUAUCUAUCUAUCUAUCUAUCUAUCUAUCUAUCUAUCUGCGCAAAUUAUUUUAAUAUUUAAGUUUCUGAUGAUGACCUAAAUCUGCAAAUUGGUUUUUCAAGGAUGUAAGCCAAUGUUCAAGAUGUUCUGAAAAUGCAAUGUUGAAGUGGUGUCUGGUGAGGUUCUUCAGUGUGUCUGGUGCUUCUGCUCGUUGUGUAGUGAUUGUUUUUCCUUGCACUUGGAUGGGCUGAUAAUGUGAGGAUUGUGGCAAACUCUCCGAAUCCUGUUUUUGUCUCAUGACUCACUGGGUUUGGUGAGUGAGCACAUUCCCUGGGUCUCUAUGGUAACGGGAUGUGUGAUAUCGACUGGACGGCGCGUGUAGGCUGGAGUGUUUAGCAACGAUUGUUGAAGAGUGAAAUCAGUAAUUCUCUGCUCAGUUAGCAAGUGUAAGCUCUGCCUCUUGAGGUGUAUACUUAGAGUUUGACUAACAAAGAGGGGCAUGUCAAGGUCUCAUUGCAGUCUUUUCAUGGUGGGGUCACGUUUUCAUCCUCAGACAGAGAGAAAUUGAGCGGCACUGAUGGCAAGCUCUGCACCACUGAGAGGGACACUUCCUGACACCUCUGACUUUGUGCCUUGUGCUCGUCUCUUCUGUUUGUUAUUAAUAGGUUUAAAUAAAGAAUUUGGGGAGGGGG